AUGCCGAGCCUCCCGGCCCCGCCGGCCCGGCUGCUCCUCCGCGGGCUGCUGCUGCUGCUGCUCGGCUCCCGGCCGGCCGGUGGCGCCGGCCCCGACUCCCCAGCGCUGCCCAUCCGUUCCGAGAAGGAGCCGCUGCCCGUGCGGGGAGCGGCAGGCUGCUUCUUCGGUGGAAAGGUCUAUGCCUUGGACGAGACGUGGCACCCGGACCUGGGGGAACCCUUCGGGGUGAUGCGCUGCGUGCUGUGCGCCUGUGAGGCGCCUCAGUGGGGUCGCCGCGGGAGGGGCCCUGGCAGGGUCAGCUGCAAGAACAUCAAACCCCAGUGCCCCACCCUGGCCUGCAGGCAGCCGCGCCAGCUGCCUGGACACUGCUGCCAGACCUGCUCCCAGGAACGCAGCAACCAGGAGCGGCAUUCGCUGGGCCUGUCCUCCGAGUAUCCGAGGGACCCAGAGCACCGCAGUUAUAGCGACCGCAGGGUGCUGGGUGCUGGGGAGCGGAUGCGAACGGAUAGCCACACGGACUUUGUGGCACUGCUGACAGGGCCCAGGUCCCCGGCAGUGGCCCGGGUUCGAGUCUCGCUGCUGCGCUCUAGUCUCCGCUUCUCCAUCUCCUACCAGCAGCUUGAUCGCCCCAGCAGGGUCCGGUUCUCAGACUCCUCCGGUAGCGUAUUGUUUGAACACCCGGCAGUUCCCACCCAAGAUGGCUUGGUCUGUGGGGUAUGGCGAGCAAUGCCUCGACUGUCUUUGCGGCUCCUUAGGGCAGAGCAGCUACAUGUAGCCCUUGUGACAUCCACUCACCCUUCAGGAGAGGUCUGGGGGCCUCUUAUUCGGCACCGGGCCCUGGCAGCAGAGACCUUUAGUGCCAUUUUGACUGUGGACAGCACACGGCAGCACGGUGUUGGAGGCAUUGCCCUGCUCACCCUCAGUGACACGGAAGACUCCUUACACUUUCUGCUGCUCUUCCGGGGGAUGCUGGAACCCAAGGACGGAGCCAUUGCAGGACCCACCCAGGUUCCCUUGAAGCUUCGGGUCCUUCACCGGGGACAGCUACUUCGGGAGCUUCAGGCCAGUGCCUCAGCCCAGGACCCAGGCUUUGCUGAGGUGCUCCCUAGCCUCACAGACCAAGAGAUGGACUGGCUGGUGCUGGGGGAGCUGCAGAUGGUCCUGGAGAGGGUAGAUGAGCCAGAGCUGCGCAUCAGUGGACACGUUGCUGCCAGGCAGAGCUGUGAUGUGCUGCAAAGUGUCCUGUGUGGAGCUGAUGCCCUGAUCCCAGUCCAGACAGGUGCUGCAGGCUCAGCCAGCCUCACACUGCUGGGAAAUGGCUCCCUGAUCUACCAGGUGCAAGUGGUAGGCACAGGUAGUGAGGUGGUGGCUAUGACACUGGAGACCAAACCCCAGCAGAAGAACCAGCGUACUGUCCUGUGCCACAUGGUGGGACUCCAGCCAGGAAGACACAUGGUUGUGGGUGUCUGCCCUGGGCUUGGUGCCCGAGGGGCUCAUAUGCUGCUGCAGAAUGAGCUGUUCCUGAAUGUGGGCACCAAGGACUUCCCAGAUGGAGAGCUUCGAGGGCAUGUGGCUGCCCUUUCUUAUAGUGGGCAUAGUGCCCUCCAUGAUACAUUACCCGUGCCCCUGGCAGGAGCCCUGAUACUGCCCCCUGUGCGGAGUCAGGCAGCCGGGCAUGCCUGGCUCUCCCUGGACACUCACUGCCACUUGCAUUAUGAGGUGCUGCUGGCUGGGCUUGGUGGCUCAGAACAGGGCACUGUCACCGCUCACCUCCUUGGGCCUCCUGGGGUGCCAGGGCCACGACGGCUGCUGAAGGGAUUCUAUGGCUCAGAGGCCCAGGGUGUGGUAAAGGACCUGGAGCCUGAGCUGCUGCGGCACUUGGAACAUGGCACCGCCUCCUUGUUGAUCACCACCAAGAACAGCCCCAGAGGGGAGCUGCGUGGGCAGGUGCAUGUUGCCAACCAGUGUGAGGCGGGCGGCCUACGCUUGGCUGCUGAGGGAAGCCAGGCCCCAGGGGCUCCAAGUGCAGUGGCAGCCGUGUUACCUGCUCCGCCUGCUGGGCCAGGCCCUGACAUCCCAGCACCAGCCAAAGCCAGUGGCCCUGGGAGGCCCCGAGAUCCUAACACAUGUUUCUUCGAGGGGCAGCUGCGUCCCCAUGGAGCUCGCUGGGCACCCAACUAUGAUCCACUCUGCUCACUGUGCACCUGCCAGAGACGAACUGUGAUUUGUGAUCCUGUCGUGUGCCCACCGCCAAGCUGCCAGCACCCGGUGCAGGCACUGGAUCAAUGCUGCCCUGUGUGUCCAGAGAAACAAGAUGUCAGAGACUUGCCAGGACUACCAAGGAGCACAGAGCCAGGAGAGGGCUGCUAUUUUGAUGGUGACCGGAGCUGGCGGGCAGCGGGUACUCGGUGGCACCCCAUCGUGCCCCCCUUUGGCUUAAUUAAGUGUGCUGUCUGCACCUGCAAGGGGGGCACUGGAGAGGUGCACUGUGAGAAGGUGCAGUGUCCCCGGCUAGCCUGUGCCCAGCCUGUCCGUGCCAACCCCACUGACUGCUGCAAACAGUGUCCAGCAGGGUCUGGGGCUCAUGCCCAGCUGGGGGACCCCAUGCAGGCUGAUGGGCCCCGGGGCUGCCGCUUUGCUGGGCAGUGGUUCCCGGAGAGCCAGAGCUGGCACCCGUCAGUACCCCCCUUUGGGGAAAUGAGCUGUAUCACCUGUAGAUGUGGAGCAGGGGUGCCCCACUGUGAGCGGGAUGACUGUCCAUUGCCACCAUCCUGUGACUCUGGGAAGGAGAGUCGAUGCUGCUCCCACUGCACAGUCCAGCAGUCAGCCCCCGAGAUUAAGACCACUCCAGAGCUGGAAAAAGAAGCAGAAAGCUCCUAAGGGGCAGCCAGAAGGCCGGAGACCAGGAGGAAGGGCCUGAGGUGGGGGAGGGUCUGUGCUGAGGACCCUGCGCUCUCCUGUGGGAAACCCAGUGCCUUUGUCUCCUUGUCCUGCUUCUCCUCCCCCACUACCUCUGGGAACUACAACUCCACAAAGGGAAGAGGGUGCUGGGCCAGGCCAAGGCCAUAUCCUGCUCUGUUACUCCUUUGGCCUUUCCCAUUACCCCAGAAGCCCAACUUCUUUCUUUCUGUACAUAAUGUCACUUGCUGGGAUUUUUAAUUUAUCCUCACUCAGCACCAAGGGUCCCCUCACAUCAUUCCUGCUGUCCCUGAGCUGAGCAGAGUCAUUAUUAGAGAUUUUUUUUGUAUUUAUUAAAACUUUUUUCAGUC